AUGGGGAUAUUAAGCGUAAAGGGAAUAACCCUAUUUGGUUGUUUUUUUAUAAUUGUUUUAAACGAUGUGGACAGCCAUAGCCUAGCGCGCGAUGAACCGCGUCGUCUCGCGAUUCCUGUCCGACGUCCAUUAACCAGACAGCUAGUGACCCAAUGUUCCGCGCCAUACUUUCCCAACGGGGAAGCUAAAAUACGAAAUAGGGGCCGAAUGAUGCGGUUCGAUUGUUCGUACGGUUUCAAGCUGGUUGGCAAUCGGUACUCUAACUGCCAAAAUGGACGCUGGGAUACAUCGAUUCCGGUUUGUGUUAAGUCCGGCUGCACUAUGCUGCCCCUGGUAAACUCCGGCUAUGUGCUGUAUGAGAUGAACAAAGCGUCCGCGUGGCUUUCGUGUUUUGACGGGACGGAGUUGGCCGGAUCGAGAAACACGUACUGCAACGGAACGCACUGGGAUCGGCCAUUGGGUGUUUGCCGUCGGACGGGUGAGGGUACACCAACUAGCUGCGACUUUGAGGGUGAAUCACUGUGUGGUUGGUCAAACGAUGCACUGCACGAUUUCGACUGGAAGCGAAGCGACGGAACGCUAAACCCACGAGCGCUCAGAACUGGGCCCAAGUACGAUCACACCACGAUGCAACCGAAGGCAGGACACUUCAUGAUCGUGGAUUCCGGUGAACAGCUUACGAACGAUACGGCCCGCUUUAUAUCGCCGAUGUUCGAACCGGAACUAAGCACUGGUUCAUGCUUUCAGUUUUACUACCACAUGUAUGGCGAAUCGGUUGGCACGCUGAACGUAUACGUUAAACCGAUGAACAGUGAUCUGUACGAUCUGAAGCCCAUUUUCGUACAACAAGGAAACCAGAAGAACAUUUGGCACGAAGGGUACGUGGAGAUUCCGCUGCAAUCGGACCGGUUUCAGAUCGUCAUCGAAGCAAGCCUUGGUUUGCGCUACAAGAGUGACAUUGCGAUCGAUGAUGUUGUUCUGUUGCAGGGUGACAGCUGUCGCGUAGCGGUUGAGGAUAGUGAGGAGCCACCGCCGGAAACCGAAAACGUACCGGUGAAGAUUGAAUCGUGUGAGAACCGGUGCGGUAGCAGUAUGGCAGCUGUCCUCAACAGCAGUGAUACGAUCGUACACUGUGAUUGCCACGAGGACUGCGUGACUAGCGAAACCUGCUGUCCUGACUAUCGCGAGCGGUGUGUCUUUGAGGUGGUGCCGGUCGUAGGUAGCAACGUAAGUACGACCACCACAGUGGCCACAACAACAACCACGGGAAAAGUGACUACUCCGAAACCUACCACCACAACGUCCACGGUCGUAGUCACUACCUCCGCGCCUACUAGUACAACUAGGCGAACAACGGUUACUAGCACUACUGCCAAACCAACACCGACUACUACUACUAGUACUACUACGACCAGUACUACUCCGAAACCACUGACAACCUCCACCGUUACUACAUCCACCACGAAGAGAUACAAUCUACGUCCAUCCAGACCGAGCUAUGUCCCGCUCACCAUUAGACCCCGGUUACCCACCACCUCAGCUACGUCCACUUCAACAACGACUACUUCGACGUCCACCUCCACAACAGUGACCACGACAUCACCCAUCACAACGACGCAAUCCGACAUUGCAUAUGAGCCGACAGCGCAAUCCACAACGGAAGAGGUGAUUGCGCCCGGUUUGGCCAUCGCAGCAAAUGUUCCGGUAGAAAAGCUCCAGAAAACACCGAGCUUGAUGAAGUUCUUCAUCUACGCAACGUCGGCAGUAACGUUUUUCCUGUGCAUUCUAAGUGUAGCGUACUUUUACGCACGGAGGUCACGCUCCAAUGUGUUGGCGCGUUUGAAGGAGAAAUCGCAAAAGAGUGGCUUCGAGGAUAUUCGAUUUUUGGCCGGUGAGGAAGAUUUGGAUUUUAACAUUUCACAGGCGCAAGAUGCGGAUGAAGAUGCGAAAGGUGGCAAGCAGCCGGCGCUGGAAGCAAGCCAAAGAACGGAAGCAAAACGGUCUACGAAGGACACAAAGUCUGAAACUGAUCGACGAUCGCAUGGGCAAGACGUACAUGCGCAUGGACGCAACGGAGAUGAGCGUUCCGAUAGUGAUGAUGAUUCGACGGACGAUGAACGCGGUGGACAUGGAAAAAAGAUACACUCAAAGACGAACAAAAAACCGUAUCAGAAAUAUGUGAAACACCAUGACGAGGAUAUGGAAUCGACCUUACUGUGA